AUGAAUCAUAUUGAAACUAUUCAAAUUGUUUAUAAUCUGGCUUGUAGUAAUAAUAAUAAUAAUACAAGUGAGUUUGAUAGAAAUGGUGUUUUUGCUGGAUUAGUGUAUUUAUAUUCGAAAUUGGGUGAAUCUUGGAUGCAACAAAGAAUUCCAAGUGGUUUAAAUGAAAUUCAUUUGGAUCGCAUGAAUAAGAUUGCCAAACGUAUCACUAUGGACGAACCACUACAUUUCCAGUUGUCUCGCUCUAUGCGUCUGGUUGUUGAAAUUCUGCUGCGUGAACUCCUCCAAAAGGACAAGAAACGUCAGGACGAAAGUAGAAAACGCCUGGAAAAAGUCUUGAAAGAAUCGAUUGGCAUUCUAAAGAUGUCGAUCGCUCUGAUGCCCGACUGGUUUAUCGGUGCCGACUUUUACUAUCGUUGCACCAUCAAUGCCUGUAAGCUGGUUAUUGGCUAUCCGGCCAGCGAAAUCGACGAGUGGUAUCCGCAACGUGCACAAUCCGUACUCGGCGAACUCUGGUUUACCAUCCACGAUCCAAAGAAAUUCGAAGCGUUUAUGUACAAAUACGGUGUGUUGGACGACCUUGGAAAUGAACAUGCUCUGGCGCUCUCAGUCGCCGUUCUCGAGGUGAUGGAGCGAUUCUCGUUGGAGGACGAAGCCGGCCACGAUCCAUUCUACCAGAACACCUCCACUCUAGAGAUUGUCGAGCAGACCUUCCUUAUGAAGCGCUGCAGACUCGAAAAGAGUCUGAAUACCUCGAGGUGGAUCAUCCGCAUCUUUAAGGAAUCAAACAAAUUAAGAAAACUAAAAUAUUCACAUCUGAUUCAUCUGCCAAGAUACAACAACAACAACAACAACAGUGUUUUCUCAGCAACAACAACAACAACAUCGAUGAUGACACAACCAAGCUCAGCAACAACAACACCAACCAUUCAACCACUAACACUUACACUUACACUUCCACUUCCACUUCCAAACAUGUCAACAGCGACAUCGGUAAUGUCGUUAUCCAACAAUUACAACAGUGGGUUAAUCCAAUCACCAAAUUUAAUCAUACCAAUGACAAACACAAUCUUAUCAUCGUCAUCAUCGGCAACCAACACACCAACCAAUAUUACAACUCCGUUGGCCACCACUUUCACAUCACUAGUUCAUUAA